AUUCACUUUAUGAAUGAGCUCAGCUGCUGGAUGUCCAGGCGGAAGAGACUGCGUGUUUUCACACUCAGCGGGAUGAAAUGUUGUCUGUGUUAUUCGGAACUGACAGUCAGAGCGAAAUCUGUCAUGUUUUGUCGAUAAUGAUCGGGUCGUGACCGUGCUGGUGUUUCUACAAACCGUGAUAUGAUGAAGCGGAGACACGUCUGUGCAGUGCAAGCUAGCUGAAGCUAACGGUUAGCUGCUGUUAUAAAAGAUGAAACCUGCGCGAGGACAGAUGCUUCAAAGAGGAGACAGGUGCAGUACAGGUGUGAAGGUGGCAGUGAGGAUGGUGACAGCUGGCUGAGAUUUCACCCGUUGAGGUACGAACCAGGUUGGAAAAGAAACAGAAGCCAUGAAAGAAGAGUGCAGGACAGAGAGUCCGAGUGGAGGCGAGGCUCUGUUUGAGGACCCGGACUUCCCCUCUGAGGACACGUCCCUGUUCUGUGACAGCUCCACGCCCAUCGCCAGGCUGCAGGGUGACAUCAUCUGGCUACGGCCACAGGAGAUCUGCCAGUCGCCAGUUCUCUUCCCUGACAACAUCAACCUGGGUCAUGCAAAGCAAGGCUUAUUGGGAGACUGCUGGUUUCUUUGUGCCUGUGCCUUCUUGCUUAAGAACAAACACCUACUGAACAAGGUGUUCCCUCCAGACCAGCCCCAGUGGGCUGACAGCAGGUACAGGGGCUCCUUCCAGUUUCGGUUUUGGCAGCAGGGAGACUGGACAGAGGUGACAAUUGAUGACCGCUUGCCCUGUAUCAAUUCCACUCUCUGCUUCUCACGCUGCCACUCUCCCACUGCCUUUUGGGUAGCCCUGUUGGAGAAGGCCUAUGCUAAGCUUCACAGCUCCUAUGAGCGACUUUGGGCAGGGCAGGUGUCCGAGGCCCUGGUGGAUUUGACUGGGGGCCUGGCGGAGCGCUGGAGCUUGGGAGACUUUGGGUCAGAGGAGGAGCAGAGACCAGAACAGGACAGUGACCAGGUCAGGAGGAGAAGGCUGGACCUCAACCUCCUGUACCCAGUGAAAGACCAGUGUGCAAUCAGCUGCUCCACUCACAGCAGCCCCGGAGGUGCCAGUGAGCUGGGUGAGUACCAUGCGCUGACCGUCAUGGAAUGGUUGGCUGUGAAGACGGUGUCAGAGAGUGAAGUACUGCUGCUCAGGAUCAGAAACCCCUGGGGAAGAUGCUGCUGGGGUGGGGACUGGAUAGGGAGUGGUGCUGGUUGGAGUUCUGUCGACCCUGUUUCUGCUUUGGACUUACAAGCCAGGGUGGCUGAGGGCGAAUUCUGGUUGGAUGAGACCGAAUUCCUUUCCCAAUUUGAUGAUGUCACAGUGGGCUACCCCAUCAGUGAUGAGGGGCACCUAAAGAGCAUCUAUACCGGAAAUCUGCUGACACACAACCAUCAGCUGGCUGGUCGGUGGAUAAAAGGCCACUCAGCGGGUGGCAGCCGGAACAGCAGCAAUUACGGCAGCAACCCAAAGUUUUGGCUCAAAGUGUGUGAGAGAGGAGAGGUGCUGGUAUCCCUGCUACAGCAUAGAAAAUGGAGAAGCACGGAGAAAUAUGCACAAAAGCCACUAGAGGAUAGCAAGAACACAAAGCACCAGCAUUACCAGGCUAUCGCUCUACACAUGUGGAAGGUGGAGAAGAAGCGUUUUAAUCUAAGCCGGAUGUUGAACAAACCCCCUUGUGCUUCUACUCACUGCCACGCGUACGAGAGAGAGGUAGUCCUCCAUGGACAGCUCGAGUCUGGGUACUACCUGCUGAUCGCCAGCACAUACCAGCCAGGAGCUGAGGCCCGCUUUCUCAUCAGGGUCUUUUCUUCCUCUUUCACAUCUCUCAGUGCCCUGAAAAUCCCAGCACCUUCACUGCCAUUAACAACAGAUGGAGAGUGGGACACCAGUUAUUUCCGGGGCUCGUGGGUGGAGGGAAGGACGGCCGGAGGAAGCAGAAACUUCCUGUCUCACUGGCAGAACCCGCGCUUCCCUUUUACAGUGUGUGAUGAGUCAGCGGUGACAUCAGGAGUUAAUGUCAGGAUAACCCUGCACCAGAGCCACCCUGAAACUGACCUGCAACCUAUUGGCUUCCACAUUUAUAAGUUCCGAGAUGGAGAAUCUGAGCAGACAUUACCCAGGGACGAGGAUCCCGUGGCCAGUUGUGUCCCUCACUGCUACACCCAGGAUGUCAGUCUAGCCUGCUGUCUUUCUCCUGGAGCUUACACCAUAGUGCCGUCCACUUAUCAGCCUGACUGCUCUGCAAACUUCACCCUCAGUCUGGCUCGCAGAAUACACAGGAAAGUGGUGAAAAGUCAGGAGAGGCUGGGAAGUGCCAUUCAGGAGAUCUCUCACAUCUCUGUGAUGCAGAGCUAGUUCUCUGGGACUGUUGCUGCUCCACUGACGUCGCCUCACCUCCCUGUGCCUCUUGGCCCACGAUGAAAGGAAAACAGUUCUCCCAUCCACCCUCACCAUGGAGGAUGUAUGUCUGUGGAUGUAUGUGUAUGUAUGUAUGUAUGCAUACCACCAGUGGCUGAGAAGGCAGGCAGGCAGGCAGAUUUAGUGGGAAUGUUUGUGUCGGGGAUCCUGGAGACCCCUUUUAUCCUGAACCGCUGAGGCUCAGGGCUGAUGGGCAGCCACACACUCAUCGGCGAUUAGGACAUCAGAGGUUGUCGGUGGGCUGGGCUGCUAAUGAAGUAUGACGGGACUGGCUGGUGUAAACAAACAGCCGCCAUUGAAGAGGGCCGCCGCUGCUCUUGCUCAUUCACUCACUGGUGCGCCUGCCGGCCUGGAACAAAGGGCCCUCUCAUGAAGGUCCUCACAGAGGCACAGGGGGCAAGGGACGAGGGGAUGGUCUCCGACAGCAGAGCCAACCAAACCACACCACACCAUACCGUGCCAUACCCCACCAUGCCAGAGCUUUCCUCCUAUGCCUCACCCACAGACACUCUGCUCCUUACCUAACUUCUGUUAACCCAGACACAGGGUUUUCCUCAGCCCCUCUUCCCUUAAACCUGCUCACCAUCCUGACUAACACUAAAGUCAAGCUGGACCUAAAGAAGUCCACUUACUUCCUGACUCCAUCCUCCAUCACAGCCCCUGUUUUUGCCCCCCACCCCCCAGACUCGGUCCACAGCUCUGCUUGGACCUGAACAGAGCCGCGCUUUUGAAGUUGCCGCGAGAACAAGAUGACAAGCGGACGGGAUGGAAGGGAUGAAACGCGGCCUGCGGCAUAUCAGAGGUGGCCGAUUCAUAUGAAGAAGCUGCCAGUCCUUUUUUUUUUUGCGUUGUGUGUUGUGUGUGUGUGUGUGUGUGUGUGUGUGUGUGUGUGUGUGUGUGUGUGUAUCUGCCUGCUCGCACCCACGUCUGUGUGUCGAAGUCACAGAGUUUCUUUUACAAAGCUGUAAUUAACUGAUUUGAGUGGUACUGGACUCUUUAUUUAUUAUGUAUGGGAGUCAGCUGUAUGAGAUAUGAUGAAUAAAAUGUUAAAACAU